GGAUGGCCUCGGUCUUUUCCCGCAAGUGGCGCUGCGUCCGUUGCUUGCUGCCGCGGACGGAGCCGCGCGUCCCGGCAGUCGCGUCGCGAGCGUCGGCUAGCAUGGAGCCCGCGCCAUCUUCCUCUCCGCCGCUCGCUCCUCCUGGCGAGGCCCCGAAGUGGCUCGGGGCACUCCGCUUCGACAACCGGGCGCUGCGGGCGCUGCCGCUGGACCCCAGCGAGGAGAACGCGCCUCGGCCUGUGGCGGGCGCUUGCUUCUCGCGGGUGCGGCCCACCCCAGUACGGAACCCGCGGCUCGUGGCGGUGUCCCUGCCGGCGCUGGCGCUCCUGGGCCUGCGGGAGCCGCGGACGCCGGAGGAGGAGGCCGAGGCAGCGCUGUACUUCAGCGGCAACCGGCUGCUGCCAGGAGUGGAGCCCGCCGCCCACUGCUACUGCGGACACCAGUUCGGCAGCUUCGCCGGGCAGCUCGGCGACGGUGCGGCCAUCUAUCUGGGCGAGGUGUUGAACCCGCGUGGCGAGCGCUGGGAGAUCCAGCUCAAGGGCGCCGGCCUCACUCCCUUUUCCCGGCAAGCAGAUGGUCGUAAAGUUCUACGGUCAAGCAUAAGAGAAUUCCUUUGCAGCGAAGCAAUGUUUCAUCUAGGAAUACCCACAACCAGAGCAGGAACAUGUGUAACAUCUGAUUCAGAAGUUAUUCGGGACAUAUUUUAUGAUGGAAAUCCCAAAAAAGAAAAGUGUACAGUUGUCCUGAGAAUAGCACCAACAUUUAUUAGAUUUGGAUCAUUUGAAAUUUUUAAACCUGCUGAUGAAUAUACUGGACGUAAAGGCCCUAGUGUUAAUCGAAACGAUAUCCGAAUACAAAUGCUUGAUUAUGUAAUCAGUACUUUCUAUCCAGAAAUUCUACAAGCAUACUCAGAUGACAAUGUUCAGAGGAAUUCUGCUUUCUUUCGAGAAGUUACACGGAGGACAGCAAGGAUGGUUGCUGAAUGGCAGUGUGUUGGAUUUUGUCAUGGUGUGCUCAACACUGACAACAUGAGUAUAGUUGGACUUACAAUAGACUAUGGGCCUUUUGGAUUUAUGGACAGAUAUGAUCCUGAGCAUAUUUGCAAUGGAUCUGAUAACACAGGACGCUAUGCUUAUAAUAAGCAAGUCGAAAUUUGUAAAUGGAAUCUAAGCAAACUUGCUGAAACCUUAGUCCCAGAACUCCCACUGGAAAUCAGUGUACCCAUUCUGGAAGAAGAAUAUGAUGCAGAAUUUGAGAGACAUUAUUUACAAAAAAUGAGAAAGAAGCUAGGAUUAAUCCAGCUCCAAUUAGAUGAUGAUAACAAAUUGGUGUCUGACUUCUUAGAAACUAUGCAUAUCACAGGUGCAGAUUUUACAAAUACUUUCCAUUUGCUGAGCUCUUUCUCAGUAGACUCUGAUCCUUCAAAGUUAGAAGACUAUUUAGAUGAGAUUUCAAAGCAGUGUGCAUCUUUAGAAGAACUGAAAGUUGCUUACAAGCCUCAGAUGGAUCCCAGACAGCUUUCAAUGAUGCUGAUGUUAGCACAGUCUAAUCCACAACUCUUUGCUUUAAUUGGAACAAAAUCAAAUAUAAAUAAAGAGUUGGAACGCAUAGAACAAUUCUCUAAACUACAGCAGUUAACAGAAUCUGACUUACUUAGCAGAAAUAAAGGGCACUGGAAAGACUGGUUGCAAAACUACAGAAUUCGCCUAGAAAAAGAAAUGGAACAUGUUAGCAAUGCUAAUACCUGGAAUGCUGAGCGUGUAAAAAUUAUGAAUUCAAACAAUCCAAAAUAUAUCUUGAGAAACUAUAUUGCUCAAAAUGCUAUAGAGGCAGCAGAAAAUGGUGACUUCUCAGAGAUAAGGAGAGUCUUGAAACUCUUAGAAAAGCCAUAUGAAGACGCAGAAAGUCAUGAGGUAACAGAGGGGACCGAAGAGGAAGCAGCGGUGGCCGCCGCAACUGCCUGCAGUUCAGCAAGCCAGCAAAGGAUUCCAUAUAGUAGCAAACCUCCUCUCUGGGCCUCCGAGCUCUGUGUUACAUGAUCUUCGUAACUGCCUUGUUAGCCUUCUCCGCAAAGAGAGCUUGCACUUCUCAGUUGUGGAUGGUGUUGCAAGGCACAAUAGAAGUGCUGUUAAAUCUCAAACAGAUUGUUUGGAUGUUGACACAGUUUUACCUGAGCCAUGUUCAUUUUUGGAAAUGUGACAAUCAGCUGUCCGUGGACACUGUAAAGGUGUUGGGAGGCAAGCCAAAGUUUUUCCUUCUGUUCAUCCUCCACAAAAUGCUGUUGCAUAUUUAUGCACACUGAACUGAAAACAUCCAAAUAAAAUCUGUGCUUGUGAAGACAAAAAUAGCAAAUCAAAUACUGGAUAUAUUUUUGUCUGAAAAUGAGUUAAUAGUACUUCCUAACAAUAUUUACGGCACUUUUCUUAUGCAGGGAUAGUUUAAUUCUCUCUUUGUGGGGAGUGAGUUUAAGCUAAUCAUUGCUUAUUUGAAGCCAUGUUUCUUUUAAUUGUGUGUUCAUGCUUGUAUCAUUUUUAGAAAAUUAUCAUUGGACACUAGGGAAAAGAGCAAUAAACUGAAGCAAAAAGAAAAAGAAAGAAGAAUUUUCAACUUAACUACAUAAUGACUUGUUUCACACACACUGCUAACCAAGGGUUGUUGGAUUCUAGGUUGUCAGGAAACAGAGCUGUGCUGACCCGCUAUAGUGUGUUAACUAUGGAAAACCCAGAAAGAGAACCCUUGGUUUCAAACACUGAGCUAUUUAAACUAUUGUUAUAUGUGAUCCCGGGGCUAUGGGUUUUCCAUGGGUUGUUUGCCAGGAAACAGAGGUGGCAGUCAAGAGUGGUAAAAAAAACAAACGAACCUCCAUUCCUCACGCCUGUACUGCAGUGCCACAGGGCCAUUUAAGAUACAGGAAGGGAGAGGUGAAGGGAGGAGGAAGGCAAACCAGAGAUCGAGAGAAUAAACUACAUCUUGUUUUAUAAGCUUCCAGGUAAAACCUUGGUAGAGGAAAAAAACAUGAGUUAGCAUUAUGUGCAGCCUAUGUUUAUAUGUGGGGGCAGUUCACAUGUCACUGGCAUAUCAUGGGUCAGUUCAUGAUUUGUGGAUAUGUGCAUCAUAUGCAAGAUGCUUCUGUUGUUGGUAGACAACCUGCAGAGGACAUGAUCAAAUGUUGUUAGUGGGACAUGAAAACCCAGACCAAUGGAUUGUUUAGCUGCCCAUAUGUUGCUGCUCUGGUAAGCAAAUGGCCCUAGUGAUUUGCUUUACCUAAGAUUAUGUGCAUACAGAAACUUAGGCCCUUACAUGCAUCUCCAGUUGGAUUGGGGCGUGUGUAUGCAAAUGGUUGCUGUGCUUAUAGAUCAGCAGUAUAUUCUGGUUUUUGCUUAGUACUUGGUAUUACUUUCAUCGGAUCAGGCAUCAGUGCAGUCCCCAGAAAGGAGAUGUUCAGUGCCACAUAGUUGCUUGGUGCAACAGUUGGGAGAGCUGAAUUAUGCCUCCCUCCUGCCAUAUGAUUAGCCCUGGCAGGAAUGGAUUCUGGACACUGAGAACAACUUUAAGACAGAUUUUGCCAGCAAAAUGAUUCUGUCAAAAUUUAUUAUGGAUAAAUUGCUUAGUAUUCAAACAAUGCUUUCCAUUUCCAAAUGUUGCGUACUUUCAAGCUUGCAUUUAGUAUAAUGUAUUUCUUUUCUAUAUUUCAACUUUGCUACCUCAGGAAAGUCUUCCAUUCUUGCACCUUUUGCUCUUUGGGAUAAUUAAUUAUAUUUUAAUUAUAAUACCAUUUGAUUUUUAAAAGCCCAACACAUUUAGCAUGUAUCUUGUCAGACUGCAUUGGGGGUUUUGUUUAUUUUACGGAAAUUAAAAUCAGUAGGAUGUAGCUUUUAUUGAUUUGGAAAAACAAGUUAUGAUGUGCCACUAAGGAGAAAUUGUGUCCAUUCUGCCUUUAUAAUAGAAAUACAGGCUAGUAAGAUCACUUGGUGAUGAAUAUUGGAUAGUGACCAAUGAGAGAUGGUAUAGACAUUUCUGCAAAUAAAUACAGGCUCUCUCACUUUUCAGUAAUAAGCAAAACUUAAUUGUGGCUUCUGCAUAUCCUAUGUAUAGAUUUGAUUUAAAAAAUAUACAAUGCCCAGGGCAAGUGUUAUGAAUGGUUUGCUUAAUGUUUGUAAUCUAUUUGAAUGAAUUUCUGUUGAAUUUUUGCAAAAUAAGGAAACCAUGAAUGUUUUGUUAAGCUUUAAGUAUUGCACUUUAUAUUUUCAACAGGUAUCACAGACUUUUUUGUUCUGCAUAUAGUUAAACUGGACAUUAACAUCCUGGAACAGUUUUAAUUGAAAAUAAAUGAGUUUGACCAUAUUAA